AUGCCCUCACCAUGGCAUUCCAUACUGUAUACAGCUCGAGACAUUUUACAAUGGUUGAAUCUCACUGCAAAACAAAUGCUCGAUGCUACAUCAGGAGGAGCUUUCACAACUAGUACCUAUAAUGAUGGAUAUGAUAUCCUUGAAAAGAUUUCUAACAAUAAUGGACAUUGGGCCAAUCCAUGUGCACUAGUACCACGCAAAACAGCGGGAGUUCAUGACAUAGAUACUUUUACAACAUUGACAACUCAGAUGACUGCAAUGACCAACUUGAUUAAAAAUUUAACAAAUGGUCAAGCAACACAAUCUAUAGCCACCGCACAUGCUCCAACUGUUGAGUCAGUACAAUGUGUGUACUAUGGUGGAGGACAUCCCUUUGAUCAUUGUCCAUCUAACUCUGAAUCAAUCAAUUAUGUGGGGAAUCAAAAUAGACUAGGACCAUUUUCCCAAAUAUACAAUCCUGGGUGGAGACAACACCCAAAUAUUUCAUGGCAUAGUCCUGCUUUAAACCCACUAAUGAACAAACCCCAAGGGAUUUCGCAAUUCCAAACACAUCAACCUCAACAACAUCAUCUGGGUCAAGCUCCAAACCAUCACCAAAAUACUUUUCAUCAACAAGCAAAUCAGUCAUCUUUCCAAAAUAAGGCUAAGCAACAAGCCGAAUCUUCUACUUCUUUGGAAGCAACUCUAAAAGGAUUCAUAAAUCAAACCAACACAGCCAUGAAGCAUCAAAACACUGCCAUAAGAUCUCUAGAAACACAGAUUAGUCAACUUGCACUUGAGGUAAGAAAUAGACCGACAGGUACCCUUCCUAGUGAUACAGAGAUUCCAAAGCCAAUGAUGAAAAAGCAUGUGAAGGUAGUGACUUUAAGGAGUGGAAAGAACCUCAUAGAGAGUAAACCUAUAGAAAAAUCUGUUGAACCCAAGGACUCAAUUGAGAUGGAUGUCACAACAUCUAGUUCAGAUAUUGUCACAACCACCUUGAAAGAUAAGGGAAAAUCAAUAGAAAUAGGACCACUUCCUAAGAAAGCAGACUUCCCCUUGUUAUUUCCGAAUGAAGGCAAAAAGAAGGCACCCCCUAGUGAGUCCUAUAAACCAGUCAUAGCCCCUAUUCCUUCUUAUAUACCUUUUCCACAAAGGUUGAGGAAUCAGAAAGAGGAGUUGCAAUUCAAAAAGUUCCUUGACGUGUUUAAACAGCUACAUAUCAACAUCUCGUUGGUUGAAGCUAUUGAACAAAUGCCAAGUUAUGCAAAAUUCCUCAAGGACAUUUUGAGUAAAAAGAAGAAACUGAACGAAAUUGAGACUGUGGCCCUAACAGAAGGUUGUAGCUCCCUCCUUUCAAAUAAAAUUCCCCCUAAACUCAAAGAUCCCGGGAGUUUCAAAAUUCCCUGUUCAAUAGGUGGGAAAGAAAUUAGAAAAGCUUUGUGUGAUUUAGGUGCCAACAUUAACCUCAUGCCCUUGUCAGUAUUCAAUACCUUAGGCAUAGGUAAGGCUAGACCAACCACAGUUACCCUUCAGUUAGCAGACAAAUCCAUAGCUCACCCAAAAGGAAAAAUUGAGGAUGUAUUAGUCCAAGUGGAUAAAUUCAUUUUUCCCGCUGACUUCAUCAUUCUUGAUUUUGAGGCUAAUAAAGAGAUACCAAUCAUCCUAGAAAGACCAUUUUUAGCAACCGGUAGAACUUUGAUUGAUGUUCAGAAAGGAGAGUUAAUUAUGAGAGUAAAUGAUCCGGAUGUCACUUUUAAUGUUUUCAAAUCCAUGAAAUACCCUGAUUAA